GGGACUUUCGUUUUACCGGAAGUUAACAUUUAAACUGGAGCCUUUGCUCUCCAGUAGAACAUAGGCACUGAGUUUUCCAGUGUGUUUAAAUUUAUAUUUACGAGUCAGGAACCCAUAAAUUAUAUGUUUCUCUGAAAUAAUGAAUUUCGUGUUUUGCAUUUGGACGAGAUAGUCACUCUUUGUAGUGGUUUAGUAUGGCGUGGGGUUGUUUCAUUGUUUUCCUGCUAUGUAUACAAGAGAAGCCAUGCAUGACAGAAGACGCAUCGAAACUGGUAGAGCAUUCAGCAGCUACCUUCCUUCAGACUCUGCAGUCUGGGAAGACUUCAUUCGUUUACUUUGCAAAUGAAGUUACUCCCACAAUUGGACUCUUUCUUGAGCAUCUGAAGAAGUCUGCGGAUGCACUGGAAGAUUAUGGUAUUUUAGUAGCUAAGGUGAACUGCAGCGAAGAAAGAGUACCAAAGUAUUGCACUGGUGAAAAGGUGAUCAAAAAAGUGUAUUUAUUCCGAGGGCCCAGUGUUCUGAAGGACUUUGACAUGGACACUGUGUUUGAUGUUGAUGCCAUUGUGGCUCAUGUUCUGUUCGCAGUGCUUUUCAAUGAGGUGAAGUAUGUGCAGACGCCAGCGGAGCUGCUGAACAUCGAGAGGAUAGCAAAGGGCCUGGCAGAUGUGGUGCUGGCUUAUGUUCAGAUUCUCGGGUUGCCAGAGCACAGGGCGGUGAUGGAGGCCACGUUCGUGUACGGCGCCAAGUAUCAGUUUGUGCUGACGACGGGAGGGUCUGUACUGAAGCACAUGGGUGUGGAUGACCCCUCCUCCCUCCAGUCUGGCCUGUGGUUUCUGCACUGCAAAGGGGUGGAGCGUUCAGACCCCUGUCACCACACUGCGCUGAAGAGGCCCCUCACCACCCUCAACAUCUACACCUUCCUACAGCUGAUGGAGGCUGCAUUAGUGACAGAGGCACGGACAGACCCCUCUGGGGUGGAGACUGUCCACCGCCAUCUCCGCACACCCCUGCUGUUCCUCUUCACCCAGGCCGACACCCUGGCCGUGGAUCGCAGUGCCGCGGAGGCCCUAGCCUGGAGGCUUCGCGGCGAGGCCGGCCUGGUUCUCAUCCACAGGGACAGCCCAGAUGUAAAAACUUCAAAAGAAUACAACGCAGCUUACAGAUUACCUGGAGAGGACUCUCCAGUCAAAUACGUCACCUUGAAAAACACUGAGGAAGUGGUCAACCUUUUCCGAGAACAAUCUGUUCAAGAUGAAGAGGAAGAUGAGGAAGAGGAGGAAGAGGAUUGGACAGUCCUCGAUGUUCUGGAUGACGAGGUGGCAGAGUCUGUGUUUCGUGAGAGGCAUUGGGAACCAGAUCCCGACCUGAUCACAGAGCUGACCGCCGACACGUUCAGUGGUGCAGUGACAGGAUCUGGCCACACGGUGGUGCUGUUCUUUGUCAGAUGGGACGCUGUGUCCAUGGCUUUCAUGCAGUCAUACAUGGAGGUUGCAGAAAAACUGGAAGAUGUUCCAGAUGUUCACUUGGCUUCUGUGGACUGUGGGGAGUGGACAGAUGUGUGCAGCGACGAGCAGAUCUCUGCCUUUCCCACGGUGAGGCUGUAUCGCCCCGGCGACCCCCCUCAGCCCUACAGGGGCAUGCUGGGAGCUGAAGGCCUGAGCAGGUUCAUCAUGCUGGCGCGCCUCUCCUCUCCCGCCCUGCUGUCCUCUGAGGACGAGGCGCGGUCCUUCCUUGGGGGCGAGUUUUACCGGCAGCACGCCCACCUGUCCCCCGUCACCGUCCUCGGCCUCUUCAGCUCCGGGCAGGACCCAGGGAGGGACGUGUUUGAGGAAGCAGCCAAGCUUCUGAGAGGCGAGACUAUGCUAGGACUCUUCACCGACCGACUGGCAGAAAAAUGGGCUGAAGAUUACUCUGUGAAGCUCCCAGCCAUGCUGGUAUCCAGGGGUCCGUGGGCCCAGAUCGAGCCCCGUCCCCUUUCCGUGUCCACAGUGGAAGAGCUGGUCUCACACAUUCAGAAGAGCGUACUGGACAGCUUUCCAGAGCUGACCGUAGAGAACCUGCCCGCAUACCUAGAGCUCAAAAGGCCUCUGCUGCUACUUUUUGUGGGGGAUGAGGAUGAGGAGCAGGAGGAGGAGGAAGGGAGGAAACUGAGCGAGGUUGCGAGGGAAGAGAUGCGCAGCCUGCUGGCUGCAGGGAAACUGGACUCCUACCUGCCCUGCUGGAUACACAUAGGCAGGACUCCCGCGGGGAGAGCGGUUCUGGAGUCUUACCUGGGGUCCGUGCCCCGGCUGCCCGCCCUGGUGCUGUCCGAGCUGGACUCCGGGGGCGAGGUGUUCCACUACCCCCCCGAGCAGCCCGUCCUGGCUGAGGCUGUCCUACAGUGGCUGCGGAGAGUGGAGAGCAAGCAGGAGCAGCCUGCAGGUGUGAUUUCGGACGAGAAGUGGGGUCCCCCGGUGCCUUUUUAUGACUUCCUGUCAAUCAUGGACCAGGAGGCGCCAGGGUACGCAGCCCAGAAGGCCCCCCGGCUGAAGAAGCGAGGGAAGCAGGCGGAGGAGGAGCAGGACGUGCAGGAGGAGCAGGAGGUGAAGGGGCAGGGAGGUGAAGAGGGGGGCUCUCCAGAUGGAACGCUUCACAACAAACCCGCACAGCCCCACACCGGGCCCCCGGCACGUCACCCGCACUCUGAACUCUGACCCCUGGAGCACACCUUCAGUCGGGGAAGAGGAAUUCUCUGGGGCCCUGAGAUGGCCUCACACAUGCCUCAGUAGGGUCUCAUUUCAGUGGCAACAUUUCCAUAAGUACAGUCUCCUGUCCAUCAGACUAGAACAGGAACAUGUUCGUCAACUAGAAUAUCUAUAUCUAUAUUUAUAUUUAUAUCAACAAAAAUAUAGUAUAUCAACAAAAAUAUAGUUUAUUUUUCUAACGUACUGUAUAUAGCAGCUUUUGUUUCUGCCUUGCUUUGAUGGUGCCGUGUGAGAACUAGUAGGAAGUUUGUCUGCUAGUACUUUCUCUGAGGCAAUGCCUGCUGUCUUUUCCAAACAUUGGCCCCACCUAGCCCAACCCUCAUUUUCCUUCCAUUACCAAAUCCUUCCUUUAUGGAAAAACAUAUGUAAUUGUCCGUUGUAAAUUAAAAACCGGAGACAACUAGUUUGUUGCAUUGUUAAAAUUAAAUGUAAUCAUGUGACAGUGGGAGACUGCAUCAUAGACAUGUCAGUGGGAAAGGAGGUCUAAUUGAAUGCAUUUGGUCUCAUCUGGUCGUCACCGUGAAAGCAUGCAGCCGAGAGUAAAACAGAAUCUGUUUUCAAUCUGUUUUAAAUGGUAUAUCUGCACAGACGUUCCCAAUCCACUUCCAGGCGCAACAGAGAUGUGGACCAUUCCAUGUGAAAUCGAAUUUUCUUGACAUUUCACUUAAAAAAGUGCCUACAUUUAAAAAUUUUAUGAAGUGGUUUUUGGCUAAAAUGUACACAUUUUAUAUUUCAAGGCAUUAUUGGCGGGUCAUCGUUGGAAGGCGGUUAAGUGGGUUUGUUGUGUCUCAGAUCGUGUAAACAUCCUUCCUCUGGUGGUUGGUUUUGCAGCAGGCCUCUGGAGAAUUGGAAGGGGUCUGGCCACUGGCGUUUUAACAGUCAGAUUGUGUGUUCCAACCGUUAGCCCCUUACUCUGUUUGCGCGUGGCCCGUGGAAGGGGAAGCCGAACGCGAACACGUGCGCUCUCACGUGCACACACUUCCCUCGCCGGCCCUUGCCCCCGAUAAGCGGCUCUGAUCUGGAUGGAGGCCUGGGGCUCCGCGGGCCUCUCGAAACGGUCCGUAGCCGGGCCUGCAAACUGUUGCACAAAGGCCUUUUUCCGGGCGAAGGAUGGGGGGGGGGGGGAAAGUACCCCGCUGAUCGACCAUUUCCUGCCGACUGCGGCAGAGCUCGGUCAAUAAAGGCACUCAGCCGGCUUUGAGACCACCUUUGCUGCUCUCAACUUCGCAGAGUUGGCCGAGUCUGUUUGCAGAGCACGGUCUCUUCAAUUCUCUAAUGGAGUGGACCCUGCAAUGAAGCCAUCGGCUUGUUUUCUUUUUGUCUUUUUGUUUUUUCUUUUUUCCCCCCCUCCCUCCAAUGGAAAAUCCAACCUCCCUGCCAGCACGUGUUAUUUUGGUGAUCCUGAACUGCAGCCCCAUUGCUUUUCUGAACAACCUCUUUGUGUUUUAUUAUACGGCCGGACCAUUGUAAGUGCCUUCUGAAGCCGGCAAUAUCUUGUCUAUGCAAGUCCUUUCUGUGAACCUGAACCUCCCACGAGGAGUUGUUUUCCCACUGUUUUUUAGGCCCAAAAUCCACCGCGUUUGCAAGCUGCCGUGGGAGGCCGAAAUGGACGGUGGCCAGAUUUUAACACUGGCCGGCCCUGGUGUUGGGGGGGGGGGGCAGGGGAACAUCCCCAUUAACCUCAAAGCACCCCUCGCACCCCCCACAUUCACAAAGAGACCUGCGACUGCACACAUCUGGACUUUUACAACAAAGAGAAGUCAAGCCCUUGGAUCAGGAAAGACCAAAACUUUUGAAGUUUUUAUUUAUUUUUAUUUAUAGUGUUUACGAGCAAAACCACAUUCUGUCUCACAUAGACAUGUACAAUGGCCUCCAAAUUUGCUAAUAUUUUAUUGGUUCUGGAAAAAGAUGAACAAUAAUCCAAGUAUGUGAAUUUUUUAUAUUGGAAAAGUCAUACUGCUCUGAGCAGGAGCUUGUUUUGCAAAUAAUGGGUCCUAAUGAUACUUUAUUGUUGAUAAUUGAUACUUCUGUGUUGUGGGUUUUGAAAAGAUGUCACUCUCUGAGGUGUAAUCGCUAACGGUUGAAACAGCAAUGGGUGAGUGGUUUAAAGAGCUAAAGAGAAGCGCAGAGAAUCUCACAUUUCUCCCUAAGGUUUACAACUUUCAGUAUCUAGUCUUGAUUCUAUGCUUUUGAUUGCCUUUGGAGUCUGUUAUGGCUGUUGUUGUUAUAUUUGUCUACAUGAAGACCAGAGUUGUGCCAGUGAAAGUCAAGGAAACCAUUAUGAGGCUGAGAACUAGGAAAACAACAGUCAGACGCAUAGGCCAAAGCUUGGGCUUAUCAAAAUCAACUGUUUGGAACAUCAUUAAGAAGAGAGCACUGACUCCGCAAUUACAAAAGGCCUGGUAGGCCAAGGAAGUCCUCUUAUCAAUCUCACCAUAAUGAAGAAAAUCUCCCUAACAACUGUCCAAUGGGUCGGGAGCACUUUUCAGGAGGCAAGUGUGGAUGUGCCAGAUGCAAACAGCUAGUUAGCUGCAAAAAAAACAGGAUGGCCAGGUUGCAGUUCGGUAUGAAGUACCCAAAAAACCUCCGGAGUUCUGGAAAAAGGUGUGGGCAGAUGAGACCCAGAUUCAGAGUGAAGGCAAGAGAAAAUGUGGAGGCCAAAAGGAACUGCCCAAGAUCCAAAGCACACCACCUCAUCUGUGUAACAUGGUGGUGGGGGUGUUACAGUUUGAGCGUGCUGCCACAGGUUCUGGCUGACGUGUCUUCAUUGAUGUAACUGCUGAUAACAGCAGCAGAAUGAAUUCUGAAGAGUACUGAAACACCUACUCAAGUUGAAACAAAUUCCUCCAAUCUCAUUGGGCACCGCUUCAUCCUACAGAAGGACAAUGACUCAAAACAUACUGCUAAAGUAAAAAAGGAAAAUUCUCAACUGGCCAAGUCUGUCUGAAUCCUUUUGAACAAGCGUCUCAUAUGCUGAAGAGAACUUAAGGCAACUAACCCUCGACAAGUAGGAGUUGAAGAUGGUUGCAGUACAGGCCUGGCAGAACAUCACCAGAGACGACACUCAGCAUCUGGUGAUGUCUAUGGCUCACAGACUUCAAGCAGUCAUUGCAGGCAAAAGAUAUGUGACAAAGUACUAAACAUGACUACUUUCAUUUGCAUACAUAAAAUGAAUAUGGCCUGAACAUUAUGGGCUAUGUACAAAGUCCUCUCUACAUGUUGAAACCAAAACGUAUAAAAAUAGCCUUUGAUAACAGAAGAUAAGAUUAUCUUCCUUCCCUUCCUUACAAAUCUAAAAUUGUAGCGUACAGAGCCAAGUCAAGAAAAAAAAUGUCCUUGUCCAACAUCAUGAAGGGUUACUGUGUGCAUUGCAUGUUGAACCAAUUAAAUUAUUUUUAUUUUUUAAAUUAUUUUUUCAGCUUUCCUGAUUAAAUCUGGGCACAGACUUCUAUAGUUUCAUUUUUACACUUCAGUCUUGGAUGUGGACUUUGUGCUGGUUUACUUUACAGAAAGCUAUUUGACAUUAGCCCCUCAAAGUCUCACUGGAUUUCCCAUGAAGUCAUUAAAAUUAGAUUUUAAAAAAAGUAACAAUCAAAUGGGUGGUAAAAAGAUUGGGUUUGUGGAAGAAUUGGGGACCAUCUGAUGCUAUCUAGCUUCUGAGGCUCUCUCUUGUGUGGUCACACACUAAUGCAUAUCUGUACCCAGUAUGACAUUCUCAACAAGCUUAUGUAAUGCAGAUUGAUCAAUUACUCGAUGCACAGGGGACUGUAGGAGGGACAGGUCGUAUGGGAACAUAAGCUAGGUUUUCAAGAAAUCGAUACAUGGAGGGCAAUUGGCUAAAUCGCAGGCAAAAGCCACAGGAAAUACGGGACGGAAAUGCGAUAUAGGACCCAGAGGAGUCCCAUUAAUCAUAGCUUCUGAGCUUGUCCUCUUCGGUUUUUGUCUGAUACCCUGAAGAUUUUAGUCACUGCUGUAGUUUCCGGCAUCACAAUGAAUAUCCCCCACCCCCUGCUCCACGUAGCAGGAAGGACAAUCCCCAGAUGACAUCCAUUCAUAGUUUUUGUGCGAAAAUGUGUUUUUCAACACGUAUUAAUAUGAGAAAAGUCUUCUGAGACAAGGUCUGAGUCAAAAUAUUUGAAUAGUAGGUGACAAAAUAUUUUUGGUAGUAAUUUUUUGGCAUUGCCUACAGUCUGGCUCCUUGAAAAUGUCCAGUCAUGUCCGCCUCAUUGGUCUUUGAUUUCCUGUAGGUUUAUUUCAGGCAGUUGUGUGUCAGUAGGGGGAUUUCAGGCACAAUUACAGUUGUUUUUUUGCGGAAUUUCUUUGAAAUUCCAGCCGCUGAUUGGCAGACCCUGUUCUUAUGAGCAUGUCUUUAGUCUUGCUAGAGAACAAAGCUGCUGCAUUAGUUAAUGAAGAGAAGACAUUUGGCCCCCGUGACAUCCGUAAAGAUCGAUGGCUUCUCCUCGGCCCUCUAAUCUUCUCUUAUUAGCACAUUGGAGAGCUGAGGGGGGGAGGCGAUAAAGGCACAGCAGUGUUUGUGUUAAAUUAACUCCCGUGUUUUGGCAGCUGCGUUUGGCGCGCUCGCAUCGCGGCGAGGCGUCCCGACCGGACAGCCGUGUCGGAUCAGUCCUGACGUGAGAUCCAGCUCCUGGAGGGGAGAGGUCCCGCGGUCCAGGUGCUCUGGUAAAGCUCUGAUUAAAGGGAGGGGACCAAUCCCUAGUGGGAAUGAGCCUUUCCAACAGCUGACCCUUUUACUGGGUCAGCUCGCACUGGAAAUGCAAGGUUCACAUUCGCUGCACUCUGUAAAUGCUCUUACCCACCACAACCUUUAAAGACUUUUUUUUAUUUUUUUAUAGAUCUGAUCCAUUUAUACAGCUGGAUGCUGACUGAAAUACCUUACUCAAAGGCACAACGGCAGUGCCCUUGGUGGGAAUUGAACCUGCAACCUCUGAUUUAUAAGCUAGUUCCAUAACCAUUUUACUACACUGCUAUAAGUAUAUGUUCCUUUUUGAAGGUAUACCCUCUUAUGGUAAUUUACACAGAAAUUCUUUUUUUUUUUUUUCCGUCUACCUGGCCAUUCACCCUAAUUAUUCCUUCCUUUUUUAAGAUUUAGAUUUUUUUUUUUUUUGUUGUCGCUUCUGUCUAAAGAGAGACUCGUGUGCCGUACUUGAUGUUCCAUCUGAGCGUAGCUAUUGUGAGCUCCACAAAAACAGUACUGGUGGUCAUAACAGUUUCUUAUAAGUGCAUGCUGGUGGGAGUGAACAUUUCCCAUGGCUCCCAGAACCUUCCCAUGUCUUUGUCAAGUCUAGUCAUUAGUAACUCAUCCUCUAGGUUACUAAAGUUUCAGCGUAGUUGGUAAACUGUGACCAUUUACACUUCAUAAUGAAUUCCUUGUUGCACCACCCCUGUCCCUUAGCCAUUUUCAGCACAUUAUUAAUAUGAAAUCAAUGCAACUCCUGCAUGAGGAGGAGUUCCUUAAAGAGACACAGAGACACAGAGACAAAACCAGCGUGAGGUAGUUUGGUUAUAACAGCUCUCUGGAAAACAUUAAGUCUUUUUUUUUUUUAACCAACCACUCAAAGUUCACCCAUUGUCACUCUUUUCCCGUAUGUCAUACAUUUUGUGACACUGAGGUUUAAUUAAGACACUGCUGGUAUCUGUUCAGUCACGCACGCAUGCACCCACACACACGUACACAUUUCUUAUCUGAUCAAGCUGCAGCAGAAUGAGUUUGAGGAAGCAAGCCAGUGUUUGUAAGCAGGGAGGUGUGUGUGUGUGUGUGUGUGUGUGUAUAUGAGAGGGAGAGCUGUGUGUGAAAGUAAUAGCUUGCGUCAAGUCACUAUGAAACUUGUGGAACCUGCAGCACCAUUUUCCUGUUUGUGUAACAGAGUGGAGAUAUGGGGGAAGCACACGUAGAGAGAUUCAGAGUUAGCAUCUCUGUGUGUGAAACAUUCUCCAAGCUCGGGAAAUAUAACUGAAAACACACUCAAGGUAGCUCCAGGUUUUGCUCUUUACAGAUCUCAUCUUAAGGUUGUACUGGUGCACAGCAGAAAUUUGAUUUGCAGAGAGCCAAGUUCGAGUUGAUGAUGAUUGACACCCCCUGCAAACUCGGCAUCGGAGCAGUUGUGUCAGAAUUUCUACGUGGGGUAUGACGACAGACCGUAUAGGGUAUGACUCAAUGCCCUAAACGGUCCGUUGCUCGUAAAUUCACGUCAGCGCUUGUCCUGAUUCUGCUCUGACAGAUCUCUUAACCAAAUGUUUUGAUUUCCGCUGCUGUCCACCUUUAAGGCUCAUCUGUUCGAAUGUUAAACUGGGCCUGAAGUUAAUAGCAAAAAGCAAAUGGUGACAUGGUGGCUAUGUGUAGCUGCAAUAAAAUUGUCUUGUGUUUACAGUGAAUUUGCAAGCUGAAAAUAAUUUAAGCUAGUAGAAAUGAAGUUGUUUUUUUUUUUUUUUUUACAGUUGUAGUCCAUCAUGAAGGUUAUUUCUGUGUCAUUUUCAGUUUGAGACAGUUUAUAUCAUUGUUUCUGUUGAAAAUUCAUGCUGAAGCAUGAAUCAUAAUGUUGUACAAAUUAUCUUGAACAAACAGGAAGUAUUAUGAAAGGGCUGACGCCUUGAGAUGGAACGUGCUAAGUCAGCCACUUUAUCCCUUUGAUGCCCCUGCUCUGAAAAUUGUGUUUGAAUUCUCAGAAAAAAAGCUUUUAAUGCAUCUAUUGCAACAGAAGUUAAAUAUUCUCAAGAAGUAGCGAAUCCUGGAAACAGGAACUUUCUUGGAAUCCCGGAAAUCCCAGACCAUUUUAUACGGUAUCUAUUUUCAACUGCACGUGGCUUCUGAACAUGUAAGUUUACCUCAGACAAUCUCACAAUGGCACAUUAUCCAGAAAUACCAAGUAUCCAAAUAUAGAAAUGAUGGUGAUGCAGACUGUAGGGCAUUAUGUGAGGUAGGCAUGAGUGUUGUGUUGUGUUGUGUAAAAGCUGAUUAAAACUGAUUGGGUGACCUUU